AUGAUGCAGCAUCGCCCAGAGUAUAGCGGGCUAUCCUCCGUCGGCAAGUUUCGCGUCAACUCAUUCACUCACAUCGACAACUCAACGCCGAGGAAGCUUUCUGAAGAUGCUCUUCCCUCGCCCAUCUACCGAGCUAUCGUCCACCCCAACACACCUCCAGAGUCCGUCUCCGGUAGCCCGAGGAUCAAGUUUGAGAGAUCAUCCUUCUCUCUCAACACAGAUUGCUCGCCAGUCCCCAGGCUCUCUAGUCUCGGACCUCCUUCCAACUCGACUAUCCGCCUGCCCAGCCUCGACGAAUUUGAUCAGGGUGUAGAGGCUCUCGCUAGAGCCCACGGUGGCCAGGUCCCUUGCUGGACUCCUGCCACCUCUCCUCAUCCCCACGCCGCUCGCCGUACAGCUCUUCCUCUGCCGCCCAUCCAGACCUACGCUUCGUCCGCGUACUCACCUCAGGCUUACUCGCCCCAGGAGACGUACUCUCCUUUCACGCAAGACCCUUUCAUGCGCACCCAUGAGGGUUAUCCGAGCCCGCCUCCAGACGGCGAAAACAGACACAUCAACCAAAAGUACACCACUGAGGAAGGAGAUUUCAUCAUCUACGCUUGGCACGAUAAGAAGCUCAAAUGGCAGCGUAUCAAGCAAGACUUUGCAGCCAUGUUUGGAAGAACUCCUGAGCGUACCGUCCAGGGUCUGCAAGCCUGGUACUACCGAAUGAACCAGCGUAUUCCACUGUGGGACAAGGAUGGGUGGCUGAUUUUCGAAAAUGAUGAAGAUUUGGAGCCCAAGCACAUCGGCAUCAAGUGCCGCGAACGGGACAGCCAAGACCGCCCCAUGGAACCCCUGGGCCUGGCUCAACGGUACCCUGAGCGAGCCAUUAACUAUUCUUGGGUGGAUCCGGACGUCAAGCGCAAAUCCCGCGACUGGGCCGCCAAGCGCAUAAUCCAAUACCGCGAACGCCGGGAGCGUCGCAAGAGAAAGGAGCAGCGCCGACUGAAGUUGUAA